AUGAUUCAUUUCUUCCUCCUUUUCAAUCGUCAAGGCAAGGCCCGUCUUUCAAAGUGGUACGAGCCACAGACAAAGAAGUCAAAAGAUAAAAUCACACGUGAAGUUUCUAACGCAAUUUUAAGCCGCCCAGCAAACUUUUGCACAUUUAUUGAAUGGAGAGACAGAAAGCUUGUCUAUAACAGAUAUGCAUCUCUUUACUUCGUUAUGUGCGUCGAUGUUAAUGACAACGAGUCUAUGAUGCUCGAUGCAAUCCACUUCUAUGUCGAAACACUUGAUGCUUUCUUCGGCAAUGUUCGUGAAGUUGAUGUUAUUUUCGGCUUCCAUUAUGCAUAUAUGCUUCUUGAUGAAAUUAUUCUCGCUGGCGAGUUCGUUGAAUCUUCUCGUGUUAACCCAAUACAAUCCCUUGUUGAUCAACGUGAGGCUAUUCUUGCAGAACCAGGAAAGGCCUUCGAACUUUAA